AUGUCGAUGAGAACUAGCCCCGUCGCCCUUGGUAACACCCCUACUCGUGCGAAUACCACAAACAGGGAAACCCGACAGCCUUCGCCCCUCUUCCUCCGCCUACUAAAUAUCUACAACAUGGUUUCCAAUCUCUGGGGCACCAUCAAGGCUUUCGUCUCAGACAGGAGCACAAACAAGCCCACGGAAAAGACACCGCCAAACUACGAAAGGCUUAUACGUCGCGCAUCUCAGCGACAUGAUCACCUGCAGUGCCAUAGGAAGUGGCCGAUUACCAAGGAGAACCACCCCAACCAAUUCUAUCAGCAACGGGUGUUCACUCCCGAGGACGAUAGGAAGAUGUGGAAGACACUGUUGUUGCCCACCUGCGAGAGCAAAGAGGAAAAAGAGAAGAGAGAGCGGGAGGAGGAGUCCAAGUAUCUCAUUGACUUGAUUACUGAGAUGCCUCUUCAGAGUACACCCUGUAGUGAAGAUGAUCAAGUCAAGGAUGACGAGCAUGUUCAGCUCGACGAGCAUGUUGAGAUCGAGGAGCAUGUUCAGAAAGAAGAUGAAGAUAAGAAAGACGAAGAAGAGAAGAAAGAGGAUCUACACGUCUGGUCAGUCGAAGUCGAAGCUGAACUUGCACUGAUCGACUGGGACGCACUUGGGUUGCUUGAUGGUCAAGACAAGGCUGUUGAGAAGGGACAAGAUGGUCAAAAUCAUCCACACGCCUCAACGGUCGAGGUUGUGCUUGCAAUUAUCGAUUGUGAGGUGCCGGGCUUGCACUGAGAGGCAAUGUACGGUUUGGUGGACUCACAUGCGGGAUCAAUCCCGGGUCAGAAGCAUAAGACGGGCCUCCUAUGGAAGCAUCAGACAGUCUUCCUUAGUGCGCAAUGCAAAUCACCUCGU